GUACGCAACGGAAGGUGAUUAUGCUUCGUAGCUUUGUGUUGUGUAUGUAGGCUGAUGCCCUAGCGCAUUCUACAACUCAAUAACGACUUUACCCCCGGGCCAUGACGCUCUGCAAUAUGGAGCGCGUACUAGCUUAUACAACGGAAGUUACAUGUAUUAUUUGAAAACUUACAAUGGACUGACUACUCUUAUACCGUCCAUUCUCGGCUUUAGCUACCUUCAACGCGACCUUUUCCCAAAGUUUCCCAAAAAUGUUGGCCAGUGCACCAUCCCUAGAGAUUGCAAAGCAUGGAAGGCACUCGAGAAAGCGAGGCAUGAAGCUAUGCCUCUUAGUAUCUGAUUCAAAUUCCUGCAAGUCUGCAUACAAGUUCCUCCGGGGUUUCUACAUCCCCGCGGUUGACCAGAUCCACCUGGUCACCGCCAUCAACACAGAGGCGGGCCGUGCAGCAGCGCUCUCCCGGCAGCAGGAGAUCCUGGAGCCGGAGCUGCUGGAAACAGCGCACUACCACGUGGUGUUGAAGGAGGACGAUUACUCGCUCCCCGAGAGCCUGGGGCGCUACGUGGAGACGGUGGUGCGGCCGCACAUCAUCUUCAUGGGCUCAACCAACCUCUGCACCAACACCCAGCCCACCAGCAGCGGCCCCGCAUUCCGCCCCAACCAGCCCGCACCCAGCUCCUUCAGCCCCGCCCGCCCCUUCACCUCAGCCCCCACCCGCUCCAGCUCCCUCCCCUACGGCAUGAGCACCACCUCCUCCUCCUCAACCACCACCUCCGGAUCCGGAACCUUCUUCCAACGACCGCUCCAACGACCGCAGCCCUCCAGCGCCGCAACCGCCGCCGCUGCUCCCGGCCCGCCACUCCUCGGCAACAGCAGCCUCGCGCUUCGCAUCCUUCCCGAGCUCAAAUGCGCGCCCGUGGUGCUCGUGAAGUUCAACAGUAAAGGCGCCUGGUUGAAUGCCUCGACCAUGCCCGCCUCCUCCUCACCCUCCGCCGGGCCGCCGCCAGGCACAGGAGCCACGUCAACGGGUGCAGCAGCAGCCGGGGCGGCAAAUGGGCUGUCGCCUUCGGCUUCCAUUGCGGCGCUGAGCCUGGCGACCAACGGACCCGUGGGUCGCAUGAGCUCCGCGGGCGGUGUGAACUCGCCUCGGUCGUUUCCGCAGCGGCCGGCGUCCGCGUUGCCGCUGGUGGGGAUGGGGUCCAGUCCGAGGGACCCGAGGGCGGGUCCCGGGACGCCGGCUGGGGCUGCGGCGGCGGCUGCGGCGCUGGCGGCCCCGGCUGGCCCGCUGACCACCCCCAUGCGAGUGAUGGUGGACUUGCAGGCGAACAGCAGGCACGUGUUGGAGUGGCUGUUCGAGCACCUGACUCCCGGCCGGGACUCCCUGCUGCUCACCGUCAGCCAGGCAUUCGACGACAUGCACCGCAUCAAGCCCACCGCGCAGCGCCUGCUGACGGCAUUCGGGGUGCAGGCCACCGUCAACUCAUUCCGGGCGGACACGGCCGUCUUCCCAGGUCCCCCCAACAAGAGCCUGCCCCAAGCGGUGGUGGAGGGCGAGCCGGACCUGCUGGUGCUGCAGACGCCCCGCUGCAAGGGCAUGCCGCCGGCGACCGUGGAGAUCAUGUACGCCGCCAAAACCAGCUUCCUGGUGUGGCCACCGGACUACUCGCCGGGGCCUGCACGGUAGCAGGGCUGUGGAGGAGGUAGGGAGGAGGAUACAACGAACUGACCGUGUAUGGAGGAGGUGGGCUGCGGCGGCGCGGCGCGGAAGUGCCGUGGGGGUUGCUUGUAGGAAUUGUGAAUUGUGUGUUCAUUGUGCGUGGGGGGGGGUGGCGGUGGGUCUGCAUGAGUUGGGGGUGGUGGAUGCGGAGUAAGGCUUUGGUGGCAGGGAGCACUGUCCUGAUUGCAUGAUAUGGAAAGAAUCGUGUUGCGAAUCUACUGAAUGAAUCUACAUACCGGUAGUACU